CGACAGAAGAACUUCCCGGUUCCUGAGGACACUGGCGGUCGGUGACGUAUUCGGGUCCCGAGACAAGGUGCUGCGUAGCUAGGAAGUGCAUGUAAACACCGACGAAUAUUUCCAAGCAUCACACUGAAAAUGGCCACUCUUAUUUGUUCCCUUGUGGAUCACAGUGAUGAUGUUAACUGGUGUGCCUUCUCCUCUACUUGCCUGGCAACCUGCUCCUUAGAUAAAACAAUACGUCUGUACUCCAUCAAAGAUUUUUCAGAGCUUCCAUUUUCACCAUUACAUGGGCAUGGCUAUGCGGUCCACAGUUGCUGUUUCAGCUCCACUGGUGAGCUCUUGGCUUCAUGUUCGACAGACGGGACCACUGUUCUGUGGAGCGUGAACACUGGGGAGAUUGUGACAGUUCUACAGCAUCCUGGCUGCAUUCCUGUCAGAAUCUGCACAUUUUCACCUGACUCUUCAUGUCUGGUGUCUGGUGCAGCAGAUGGGACUGUAGCUCUGUGGGAUGUCCAUUCCAACGCUCUUUGCAGCUCGGCUGCUGUUAAAGAAGGUUCGGUGGUUGCUUGUUCAUUUGCCCCUUGUGGUCAGAUGUUCGUAACGGGAUCAACCAAUGGAGAUCUCUGUGCCUGGAGCUGCCAUAUGAAGCAACUUUGCAUUGUGAAAACAGCCCAUGACCUUGGAGUGACCUGUUGCCAGUUCUCUCCUCAGGAGUGCAAUGGCAUGGAAGGAAAUUCAGUGUACUUUCAGAUGGCCUCCUGUGGUCAAGACAACAAUGUCAAAAUCUGGAUGGUCUCACAGGAUGUCCCCUCAGGUUGUAAAUUCCAGCUUGUGCACACGUUGAAUGGGCACAGUGCUCCUGUGUUGUCCUGCGCUUUUUCAUCUGAUGGACAGCUUCUUGUUUCUGGCUCUGUGGAUAAAUCUGUGCUCAUCUAUGAUGCUAAUAAAGGAAUCAUACUUAAUAAACUGACCCACCACGAAAGAUAUGUCACUGCCUGUGCAUUUGCCCCAGACAUGCCAUUCAUUGCCACAGGAUCAAUGGACAAGACGGUGAUUGUCUGGAGAAUAGAGGAUGGAACUAGUUUUGGUGGUAGAGUGAGUCAGCAUAGCAACAAGUGCUCUGCCGUAUCCAACGCCACAGCAAAAAAGAAAUUGGAUUCCCUGAACGAAGAAGAAGAAGAAGAAAAAAACUUGGAUGCUGGAUUUUUGAAAGCGCAGUCCAGGCUGUGUGUUAGUGAGUGGUCGGAGGAAGCGGUCUCAGUCUGGCUUUGUGAAGAGGGCUUGGACGAACUAGUGAACAUAUUCAAGGCAAACAACAUAGAUGGUUCUCAGUUGCUGAGUUUGAACAAAGAAAUUGUCACCAACGAUCUUAACAUUGAAUCCUUGGGACUGCGUAACAAAGUGAUUCGGAAAAUUGAGGAGCUGAAGGAGCACCUGGAGUCCGUUUGUACUGGCAUUCCAGACGAAUUCUUGUGCCCAAUAAACAGGGAGCUUAUGAAAGAUCCUGUUAUUGCUUCAGAUGGAUAUUCGUACGAGAGAGAAGCCAUUGAAAGCUGGAUACACACUAAGAAACACUCAAGUCCCAUGACAAACUUACCGCUGAAGUCAGUUUUGUUGACCCCUAACAGAACCUUAAAGAUGGCGAUUAGCCGCUGGAAAAACUGCCAGUAAUGGAAAGCUAAUUGUUCUCAGUCCAAGAAAUCAAGUGCUACUGUGCAAAUGUAUGUGUGUGUUUUUUUUUUUUUUUGUAAUGCACAAACUACUUAAAAAUCAGAUACCAGACUGAAUUGUUAAAUAUUUACUGUAAUGCUUGUUUUUUUUUUUUAAAAAUUAAGGUUGAUUUCACAAAUUGAUAUGACAAAAUUGGCUUUUUGUCCAUGUUUUUGUGUUUUAGUAAUGUACUGUCAAAUUUGUCACUACAAUUUAACUGUAAAUAAAAUAAUUACAUUGCAGCCACA